UGCUGCGGCCCAGCCGCGGCACCCACUGCCCCCCUUCUCUCGUUAGCAGUUUAAGUGCGUUCCUAGUGUUUUUUCCUGGGACGGGAUGAAUAACAAGACUUCGUUUAGGCGUGUCGGGAGCGAAAGGCGGUCGGACCAGAUGCCGGUCCCCUGAUCAUUACUUUGCCUCAGCCCCUGAGCUCGCACUUGCAGUUAAAAAGUGGCGAGCCGCCGCUCGGUGUUGCCGGUGUGUCCCACCUGUGUUCUCCCUAAAGAAAUUUCCCGUUCGGCUCAGGAAGACCCCCACGAACAUAGGUUGACUUUCCCCGUGUUGCAAAGGCUAAAAUGAAAACAAAGAAAAUUGUAAAAUCGCUGAGGUCGGAUCCAAGAUCACCAUGACCAAGCAGUGACCCAGCACUGCCGUGUUUACCUCUGAACCGUGUCCCCAGGCACCACAUGCAGGUGUUUUUUGGACACUUCCAGUGAUGGUGACUCCACCACUUCCCAUUCCGGUACCUGGCCGCCCUUUCAGUGAAGAAGUGUUUCAUAAUAUCCAAUCUAAACCUGCCCUGGUGCAACUUGAGGCUGUUUCCUCUUGUCCUGCCCCCUGCUACCUGGGAGAAGAGGCAGACAUCCACCUCACUGCCACCUCCUUCCAGGUUGUUGGUCACACCUCUCAGUGCCUUCCUGGUGUUGCCUCUGUUUAGCAAAGAGAGACUGCUCUGCUGUCAAUGAAACACUCAGCCCCAGUUUUACCAGUGAGAUUUGAGAUAUAAAUAUGGAAAGACAACUAAAAAGGGGCCAUAAGCACAAUACUUGGUGUUCUCAGUGGUUUGUAUUUAGAAAUUCAGAGACUCAUCGAGUAUCAACGACAGCCUUGGAGUUUUCAGAGGGGUUUGCCAAUAUAUUGGAAGGCAAACCACAGAGAGAGAGGGAGCCUAAAGAAGUGAUAUUCCGCCCUGCGUGCUUUGAACGUGGUGACUGAAGAAAACAAAGUCCUUCAGAUCUCUCUGGGACUAAAGGGAAACUGCUAAAAUACCCUUUGAGCCUCUUCUUGCAAGACAUAUCAGAGAUCUCAGGGGAAGCUUGUUGUCCUUCUUCUUCCAGCCAAGUUCCAUAGUCAGAGGAACUCUGGAUAACUUCUAAUUUACCCGUUGAAUCUUAAAACAUCGCUUCAAAAUUGGCGAUGCUGGCGGUAACCUUUGAUGCCGCGGCGGGAAGGAAACACCGAAAGUGCACAUUAUCACCGGGAAGACAAGAGGGUCGGUCUGUCCUGCGGCAGGUUACAGCACCGUGGCGUUUGACGGGACCCCCAGCUAUGGCCACACGCCGUCUCACCCCGCCGCUCAGUUUACGAACCACUCCUUCAAACACGAGGACCCCAUCAGCCAGCAGCCCUCCCUAGGGGACCAGCAAUACUCGGUGCCUCCCCCGGUGUACGGCUGUCACACCCCCACCGACAGCUGCACGGGCAGCCAGGCCCUGCUCCUCCGGGCCCCCUACAACAGUGACAAUUUAUACCAAAUGACCUCGCAGCUUGAAUGCAUGACAUGGAAUCAAAUGAACUUGGGAUCCACACUGAAGGGCCAUACAGCAGGAUAUGAAAAUGAGAACCACAGUGCUCCCAUGUUAUACAGCUGUGGGGCCCAAUACAGAAUACACACCCAUGGAGUUUUCAGAGGCAUACAAGAUGUCCGGCGGGUGCCAGGAGUCGCUCCAACCAUUGUCCGAUCGGCGAGUGAGACGAAUGAGAAGCGUCCCUUCAUGUGUGCCUACCCGGGCUGUAACAAGAGAUACUUCAAGUUGUCCCACUUGCAGAUGCACAGCAGAAAGCACACUGGUGAAAAACCUUAUCAGUGUGAUUUUAAGGACUGUGAACGAAGAUUUUCUCGUUCAGACCAACUCAAACGCCACCAAAGACGACACACAGGCGUGAAGCCCUUCCAGUGUAAAACCUGUCAGAGAAAGUUCUCCAGAUCUGAUCAUCUGAAGACUCAUACCAGGACUCAUACAGGUAAAACAAGUGAAAAGCCUUUCAGUUGCCGGUGGCCCAGCUGUCAAAAAAAAUUUGCCAGGUCUGAUGAAUUAGUUCGUCAUCACAACAUGCACCAGAGGAACAUGACUAAGCUGCAGUUGGCCCUUUAGACAGUUCAAACAAGUGAAUAAACCAGAUGGGACAUUAUGAGCUACUGCAAACUUUGUCAGCCAUCUUCGAUCACCUCUGUCAGAGAGCUGCAGCUGUCUUCGCAUCCCAUUUGACACAAGUUAACUAAACCGUAGGAUUCUGCUCAGCCUUGUCUUCCAUUUGGAGUUACACAAGUUCCUACUCAAUAAGUUCAAGAGAUUUUUACCUGUGGUUUUGUUAAAAAGUAAGCAAGAUUGCCUCAGUUUCAAGAUUACCAUAAGCUGUUCUUAGCUUCAUGUCUGUCUCCAUUUUUUUGUGUUAUCCUCACUUGAACUUUUCCAGGUACAAAUUGUUGUACCUUUUUAAGUCCUGCAGUGGAUAGGGUGAUUCCUCCCUGUUGAAGGUUAGUUCUAUGCUUACAUCAUCUGUGCACAUGCUGAGGUUUCCAAAUGCUGGUACAUCUAUCCUCAGAAAAUGAGACAGAACAGUCACCUGAGAUACUUUUGGUAAACUUUGUACUUGUACUGCCAAAGGGCAGGCUUUUAAAGUUGGAAGCUCUGCUUUUGAAUUUCACAAAUCAAACCUUUUUUUAAAGGAUGUCUUUCUAGAGCAGCUAAAGCUGGAUGAACCAGAGCCUCUCUGUACAGAAAAUAAGAAUCUUACCAUUAAGUUAACUUGUUUUUUAAAUAAUCACAUAAUUGAUCUCUCAAAACUGUUUUGUUUGUCAAUUAACUCUCUCCCUUUCUCUCUCUCUUUUUAAUGUAUUUGUUUAAAUUUAUUCUAUCAUAGAUCUCCUUUACACAAAACUAAUUCUGAUCAUUGUAGACAUUUGGGAUUUGUUUACAAUGUAAAGCCACACUGGUUAUGUGGCUCACAAGCUGUAUAAACUUAAAACUGAACUUUUAAUGGGGCUGGUCCAGGAUCUCCAUUAACAGAUUACUCUUAAGAUAAGUAACUUAAAAAGACUCUUUGUCAAGUAUAUGUGAAAAAGACAUUAUUAGUGUAAGGAAAUAUAUUAUUUCAGGGUUUUGGGAGGAGGGGUUUAUUAUUUACUUUUCAUUGCUUGAAAUUGUGUGUAUAUAUAUAUAUCUGAUAAUGUAUUGCUCUUAGACAUCUCCAGUUAGAAAGUGUAUAAAUAUUAGAAGCAUCACUGUUCUGAUGUUGUUGCUGUUAAAAACUAUGGAUAACACUAAGAAUGUAACCUGCAUUUUUCACUGAGCUUUCAAUUAAAGCCCAUUCAAAGAGAAACAAA